UCAAACAGUGGAUUCGACAUGAAACGCUUCGUGUUCCUGCCAUUUCUGUGGCUUUUCUCUCUGUCUGUGGGGGACUGUGCCGCGGAUGCAAACGGAUACUUCAUGUACGCUGACUUCUGCUGUGCCGCGCACUCCAGAGACCCGACUCAGGUGGAGUAUCUGGUGGACUGGUUCUUCAACGAAGAGCACAUGAUGCAGUACAACAGCACGGUCGGGCUUUGGACGGGCUUCACUCCCGCCGGACUAAUCACUGCGCAUCAAGCAAAUGAAAACAAGGGAGACCUCCUACAGAGGAAAAUGGAGAGGCAGCGCAUAUGUGUCAACAACUUUGAUGUAUUCUUCACGGCCAUUAAGGAAAACAUGGCUGAACCCAACGUCACUCUUGUCAAGACCACCACCUCCAGCCAUGGCACCGUGUUCGUGUGCAGCGCUCACGACUUCUACCCCAGAUAUAUCAGGGUGACGUGGCACCUGAACGGGCAAGACGUGACCACGGGCGUGACCUUCAGCGACGUGUUGACAAACGGAGAUUGGACCUAUCAGGUCCACUCCUUCCUGGAGUACACACCUGAGCGACGGGACACAGUCAGCUGUGUGGUGGAGCACACCAGCCUCAAGGAACCGAAGAUUUAUGACUGGGAUGCGUCUUUAAGUCAGUCCGACAGGAGCUACCUGAUUGGUGGAGUUUGUGCUCUGCUGCUGGGAGCAGUGAUUCUGUCCGCAGGACUGAUCCAUCACCGGAAGAAAAGAUGUGAUCCACGAUUUUCAAGUGCUUUAUAAUCCAGAUAAAUUGGAGGUCUAUCUGCCUGCUUUAGAAAAAUGAAAGAAAACUUUAUUUACAUAGCGCAUUUCAGCGAUUUGAGUGAAAUUAAAUCAUACAUCACUGACAUGGAGCCAGGUGUCUUGGGACCUGGUGACAGUGCCCCCUGUGGAUCAUUGUUGCCUUACAAGAUCCAAACUAUUCCAUCAAGGGCCGUGUGGCAGCAGGUCUGUGUUCCAACCAAUCAAGGGGCCACCUAAUUGUCAGCUGAAGAUUGAGAUCAGCUGAUUAAAUGAGUCCAGCCUGGUGAGCUCCUUCUUGGUUGGAAUGAAGACCUGCACCCACAUGGCCCUUUAUGGUAUAGUUUGGACGUGGCUGGUCUACAGUAACACCAGUAGCUCUGAGGCUGUCCUUCAAAGGCACAACAGUGUUUUUAGCUAAGCGACAUGUUAUCAUUCUGGUGUUUGUCUGGUAAUGUUUGCUGUCUUCUCCAUCUCAGUUUUAGCGUGUUAGCUAAUGAAUUAGCACUAAACAUUAUAGCUAAUGCUGAUUGGAUACUAAUUAGUUUUAGUUGCAAGUGUCUGAUCAUAAACAAAAGCAAUAAUUUAUAUUUAAGUUUAUUUUUAGGUUGAUAAUGAUGCUAGAUGAAAAUAUGGGAGAUUGGGAAUCAACACCCAACCAUGCAUACACAAAAGUUGAAUGUAAUUUUGUGUCAAUCCAUCCAGUGGGUGAACUACUGGACUGCACCUGAUGGUGGCGCUACAUAAAAUGUCAUCUGGGGAUCAUUCAUUAUUGUACUAAAUUUCAUGGCCACUCAUGUAAUAAUAGUUGAGAUAUUUCAGUCUGGACUGCAAACCCCAACAUGUCGGAAUUCCCAGUGACCCUCCAGUGGUUCCAUCCCACCGUCGCCAUGGUUACACAGAAAGCUCAGAGAGAAGAGAUAUACAUGUCUCAGGGAACUCCAUCUCCAUGACGACGGUAAACAGGUCUGUCAGUGUGACUUACACACAGGUGAAACAUUAGCCGGACAGAGAGAGAGAGAAGACACGGGCGCUGACACACACACACAGACACACACACACAGACUCAGGACAGAUGGCGGAUUCACAGCGAGCAUCUGAACCCGUCAACUUUGUGCAUCAAGAUGAAAUCUGGUAAACCUGCUAACUGCUGCUUUUUUUCUGUGCUGUGUAUCAUUUGUGUUUUAUUUCGAUCUGACUUCAUGAAAAGGGCUCAGAAAGAUGUUCUUACUUAUUAUUGUUGGAGAUGAUCAUCAUGCUGACAGGAUGUUUAAAAUGACUUGACAAUCAAUGUGUUUUCAGUUGUUUAGAAAUAUACAAGAUGUGCAACACAUCCUCUGUGAUUGAAUUUCAAAUGCAAGUCUUCCUGCAUGCUUGUUGUGAAGACUAUUAAAAUUAUUACUAUUAUAUUUUUACUGGUAGUGCUGUUAUUAUAAUCAUCAUUAUUUUUAUUAUGUUCACUUUGUCCACUUCAUCCUCUUUCUACAUGUUCCUUUUCUUUUCCUCUUAAUCUCCACAUGAAGUGCACUGCGUUUUCAGUUCCUUGUUUUAAUGAGAUAAGAAGUCUGGAGAUAAAAUGAUUUGAUGCAAUAAGAAAAGCGUCUUGUGAAAACUGAAUUAUUGGGUAUGUAGUACUAAUGACAAAAAAAUAUCUAAGUACUAGAUGAACCAUAUCCUGAUGCAAUAUGAAAGAGAUCUCCUUAAGUGAAACUUUCUUCAUUAAAAUGAAAAACUCAUUGCCAUGGUU